UCGAGUUCGACGUGUCUUCACUUGAACAUAUGCAAUCAUACUCUGUGAGAACCAUACCACAUCAAAAGAAAACACUUGAAAAAUAUUUGAGCUUACUGAGCCUUUCGAGUCGCAAAGAAUAAACAUGUGUCAUAUCUCGAGUCAGCUUUACGGUUGCGGACACAUGCGAGCGAUUAUCACCUAUUGCGAGUCCUGUACCUUCUUGUCCAAGAGACCCAGUCAAACCAAGAUACAAGCCGAAGCCCAAUAUUACAAAACGAAAGGUCUUUACUGUAAUUUCUACGCCACGAAAUGGUAUGCCAAGCUUAUGGAGUGCCCAAAUUUCCAAUAUAAAUAUCGCAGUGGGUUGGAGGAGGAUUGCCGUGGACGAAUAUUCACUCUCAAAAAGCACUGGUGUGGUACGUCGCCGAUUUACCAGUUGUCGGCGCUGGAACCACUGGAGCAACCUUUAAUAGAGAACGAGGAUUUGACAGACCAGCUCGCGGAUCUCGAAAAAGCGUCAAGAACGGAAGUCAACAAGAGGAAUGACAAGUACUUCCUGGAGCAGAAGGCUGCCCUCGACAAGCUUGCUGUUGAUGGGGAGGGAAUGGACAAAGCAUAUACAGAACUGAUGGAAGGACUUUCGAAAUUCGAAAAGAUGUCUAAACACAAGAGUAGUGCGGAGUGUGGUGAUCAGCCCACAACAGCUGAGAACAUGCCUGGAGAAGGAGAACCUGCUGGGACGCGUGAGAGGAUGCCCGAAGAAGGGGAAACGGUUGACGAGUGUAAGAAAAGCAAUGUGCGCAUGGUUAGAACGUCAAUGACAUACAGCCCUGAAGACGUUGUCGGGGAAGUCGUGGAGCCAAUGUUCUUUGGCUAAUCCAGAGCUGGGCCGACUCGCUUGAAAGCCAUCGCGAGUCAGCCAUAAGCUUAAAGCUUUGAAUAGCGGACGAGUAGAGGACAAAUUUGGCUUAAGCGAGCACGGAGAGCGAGUAGAAGAGUCGUUGAGAU